AUGUUUAAAGAAGACAGUGCUUCGCUCCCAGCGAGGGUUCACUCGCCUGUCAAUCUUCCGAGAAGAGCACAUCCUGGAGCUGUGCUUCUGUCGCCCACUGCGUCCGGCAUGGCUAGUAGUCACAGCACAGGAACGGCAACAGGCGCAAUCUCUCAUCUACCGCUCAGUCCACAGCUUUCAUCUCAGCAUAUGUCUCUGAACGAUCUGCUGGAUCAGCAACAGAACAUGCUUCUGGACUCGCAGCGUACAGCAGCAGCUGGCACUGCUGUCGUCUCGCCUCUUAUGCAGCCCAGCUCGUCUUUGUAUCUCGACAGCUUCACUAGGCCGCCUAGCAGUGUCGCGCCCGCCCCUGCUCCUGCCCCUCCGCGUGCGAGCGUGGUCAUCAACUUUGCAAACGACCUCAAUCAGCUGUGCUCGUGGAUGCUGAUGCUCUCCACUUCGCAACAAAACUCAGUAAUGGAUAAUCUUCUGUCUUCGUUGAGCGAGGAAGUUCUGCAUCAUACCAAGCUUAAACUUGAUAGCCUCAUCUCAAGUGGAUACAUCCCACCAAGUGUUAUGUCUCCGCAAAUUGCAUCUCCUGUGCCUAAUAGGGACGUGACACCUCAACCUCUCACUUUAGAUUCAUUAUUGAACAACAAUAUGUCAACAAGCAUGGGAACAAGUAUGGGAGCGAGCAUGAAUAGACAGUGGUCACCAGCUCCACAGGCUUCUGCAACUACGUCGCAGCCAAUCUACGAUUACAUCAACGAUCUCGCUCAAAGGCCUCAUUCAGCAGACACUCAACAACGAAAAAAAUUCACUUCCCCUGGCAAAGUGACUCCAAAAAAAUCUCAAGCCCCGGUCAAACCAACCGCUACCUAUGGGAAUGGGUUUAGCAGCGUUAUGGACAACGGAAAUAGCAGUUUUACGAGCGUUAGUCCCAAUGGCGAAAAUCUGUCGCCCACGUCGUCUUGCUCUUCGUCAAUGAAUCCAAAAGUUUUGACUGAUCCUAAGCUUCUUACAAACAUUCCUGCUUGGCUGAAGUCUCUAAGACUUCACAAAUAUUCCGAUGCUCUCGGAGGGAAACCAUGGUUUGAACUUGUAUAUUUAGAGGAUGAGGACUUAGAGAAAAUGGGUGUUUUGGCUCUGGGCGCUAGGAGGAAGCUUAUUAAGGCAUUCGCAGUAGUUAGAGGCUACAAAGAAAGAGGCCUGAUUGAGCGCAGUGCUUACUGA